UAGCUGGUCUUCUGAUCUGCAAAUCAUUUGUGAAUCUUUGAGAGAGGAGGGGAAGACCACGAUCAGAUCGAACAAAGCGAGAGAAAACCCUAACCCUAGAAUCGUGGGUUUCUUUCCUUUGUUCUCCGAAGAUGACUGAAGAAGGGAAGAGCAGAGGAUUCGUGGGUGGUGAUCACCAGCAACAACAACAGCAAUAUGGAACAUUUCAAGGUGUUCCCAGCUACCCGCAGCCUCAACCUCAGCCGGUGAUGGGAUUUCCUCAGCCAGUCCCUCCUCCUGGUGUGGGUUCUCCUUAUCCUUCUGCUCCUCCUUACUAUACUCACGGCUAUCAAGCCGUUCCAGGUUAUGCAGUUGCUGAAGUAAGAGAGCGCCGCCUUCCUUGCUGUGGUAUUGGUAUCGGCUGGUUAUUUUUUAUCAGCGGUUUCUUUCUUGCGUCCAUCCCCUGGUAUGUUGGAGCAAUCGUACUGAUUUGUGUCAGGUCAGUAGAUUACAGAGAGAAGCCUGGUCUCAUUGCUUGUACCAUUGCUGCUGUUCUCACCACAAUUGCUAUAAUUCUUGGUGUAACGAAGAGUGAUCAUGAUUGGUGAUCCCCCCUCAAGGAAGGUUCUGCAGAAAAUAGAUGUAUACAUUCCCCUCUGAAUUCUGAAAUAAUCAGGGUGUUAUUAUUAUCUGAUCUUUUGUGCAGGAUUCAAUUUGUAUGAAAAUAGUCUAAACUCUCAAAAGUGAUCAUGAGGUUCUCAGAUGUCUGUAUCUAUCUAUACAACAAAUGCUUUUACGUACGAAACUGCAAUAUACAUUUGGUCAUUUUGUGGA